GCAGCCUCACUCUUCUCCUCUCCAGUGCCCCUUUGGGCCAACCUGCAGUUAGAGUCCACCACACCCCACCCACGCACGAGCAAGCGAGAUGACGUCCAGCCACCGCCGCCUCCGCCCCCGCCCGACGUCGGCGCCGCCGCUGGAGGACGACGACCUGCUCGACGAGGUCCUCCUCCGCCUCUCCCCGGAUCCGUCCUCCCUCCCGCGCGCCUCGGCCGUCUGCGCCCGCUGGCGCCGCCUCGUCUCCGACCCCGGCUUCGUCGGCCGCUUCCGCCUCCGCCACCGCCGCAGCCCUCCCGUCCUCGGCUGCUUCAUCAGGGACAAGCAGAGCCCGAUCGUCUCCUUCGUGCCCACCAUGGAGGCCCCCAAUCGUGUCCCCGCCGAGCGCUUCUCCUUGCAGCUCGGCGGCCGCGGCCCCAUCACUUUCCUCGACUGCCGCCACGGCCUCCUGCUCAUGUUCCUCCCGUGUUGGAUCAAGGUCCUGGUGUGGGACCCCGUCACCGGAGACCAGCACCGCCUCGACAUUCCCCCGGGGUUCGACACGAAGCAGGGGAUCGGCGGGGCGGUGCUUCGCGCCGCCGGGGCCAUCAGCCACUUCCAGGUGGUCUUGUUGGGCAGAGACAAACAAGUGAUCACCGCCUGCGUUUACUCGUCCGAGGCGGGCGUAUGGGGCGGUCUCAUCUCGACUCCGCUUCCAAAUGAGGUGCCAGUGGACUUCGAUUUUAGGGGGGUGCCUGUGCUGAUUGGGGAUUCCCUUCACUGUUUGAUUACGGGUAGCUGUUCUGGAAUCCUUGAGUUUGAUUUGAAUAUGGGGAUCCUGACCGUGAUACCAGGGCCUGUGGAUAUUUUGGAUGCGGGUAGUUGCCAAUCCACGGUUAUGCGGGCAGAGGAUGGUGGGCUUGGUGUUCUAUUCAAGUCAGACUGCAAUGUCCAAUUAUGGAGGAGGAAGAUUGUUUGUGAUGGCGAGGCCUCAUGGGUGCUCGGAAGAACUUUUGAGCUAGAUACGCUACUUUCCCUGAAUUCAGAGGAGAAAAGGUACACGGUGAUGCUAGGCUUGGCUGAGUACAAUAAUACGGUGGUGGUGCAGACGGUUGCCGGCCACUUCAUGGUCCAGCUCGAGUCAUUGCAGUUCAAGAAGAUGUCCGAAACCAUCAGUUCGCAUUUCCAUCAACCAUUCGAAAGUGUCUAUACUGGAGAAACAAGCAUUGGUGGUGGAGGGCACAAUGGAGUUGAACUUUUGCACAACAUUUAAGAUGACUGUCUGGUUCAGUAUGUUAUUAUGAUGUAUUGGUUGAGUAGGUAUCUAGAACUGUGUUCUGGUUGCUGAGAUGCAGAAAUGGGAUUGUAUGCUGCAGGUUCUUCCAUUUUGUGGGCUUCACAUGUCGACCGACUCUCUGUAGCACACACUCGUCAAGUGUGGAGAGUAACUGCAGGAAUUAAUCGUUUAAUUUGAUAACUACCCGCUGUUAUUAUCUAAUCGAAACUUCUUCCCGCACGAUACUUGUGCACCUGCCGACAGGUGCACGAUGUGCAAAUCCAGCGGAAGGAAACCCAGUCAAAAUCCCGACAGGUGCACAUUUUGUGGGCACUUGCGUUCAUUCCACAUAUUCCAUGCAAAGUACAUUUGCUUAAUUGCUGGGCGUCUUGAGCCCACCAAUCUUGUGCUGUGAGGAACUGCGAGUUGUUUAAGCUUGUGGCAGCAUUUCGACUGGGUUGAUGAGUGUGGUGCAACUUAAAACGGACUUCGACAGUGAAAGGGCAAUGGCAGAACAGGUGAAGCCGCCGUUCAUCAUGACCACAGCCUCUCGCUUGCAACCGAUCAGUGGUGGGAAGCCGGUUUUACGCCAAUAGCCAGGUGAAGAAAUUCACUUCUCCUUCAGAUUUGAUGUGCCAAAUUUUAUUCAGGGUGGGCCGGUUGAUGGAGCCCAAGAACUGCAGAUUGUAGGCCGAGGAGGCAGAGUAGGUAUUGGAAGUGGAUGCCUUCCAACAAAUUGUAUCAAAGCUCCUCGGAGAGGUUGACAAGUUGAAUUUGUUGCCAAAGGGACCAGAAACAAUGCAGAUCUUCAGUUGUUGUCAAUCCAUGAAGGCCUCUCAUCCAGUUGCUGCCAUUGGAUAGUGCAGUUUCUACCGAGGCGUUCUUCCUUUAUGCUAGUUUGUACAGGUUGGGGGCCAAGUUCUUUGGGGCUGCUCCGUUUAGCCAGCUGGAGGACCAACAUUUUGUUGAUCCUCCGUUACCAAGAGUGAUUUCAGUUGCAGCGUUGAACAAGGCCGUGUCCGCGGGAGAGCAAGGCAAUUUGGUCCCAGUCCAAGGCCGCGAGGGGGAGGUCAAGGAGUUCCAGAGCCAUCGCAGCCUAAGGGAGCGGCUGAACAAUUCAAGGUUCUUGAUACCUAAGCCCCCAAGUCUUUUUGGUGAACACACUUGCUUCCAAUUCACUGCACAAUGGAUACCCGUGGCUUCUUCCUCACCACGCCAAAGAAAACCUCUCUAGAGCU